UGUAAAGGAGAGGAAACCCUCAGACACUUCCAUAUCCAAAGUCCAAACCCUUCAAUCCAACAAAUUUAUAAAAUAUAAGAAAAUAAUUUAAUAUCAUUUCUCUUUUAUUUUGUUUUUCACAUCUCUGAACCCCCUCUCACUCUCUUUCUCUGAGGAUUUGGCUCUCGGUUUGCCUUUGGUUCUAGAUACUAGUUUACCUGAAGUCGUUGUGACAACAGUUCUUAAGUCUUAGUUUGUUGACCUGAUUCUUCAAUGGGGGAUGCGGAAAAAGCCCUUCCACCUUCAAAGAAGAGGUCUGCUGGAAGGGAACUCACUAAAGAUAACGCUAGUCUUGAAGAUGAGGAAGAUGUUCCUGAACAAGAGACUGGAACUUUCAAGAGGGCCAGUGAAGAGGUGCUGGCAACUAGAAGAAUUGUGAAAGUUCGUCGAAGUCAGACAACAUCAGCCCCCGCUUUCAAUCCAUUUGCUGGGAUUCACUUAGUUCCUCCUACAGAGUCCAAUGCAACCUCAGCUGAAGUUACAAAUGAAGCACCAGCUGCUGCUGAGAAGACAGUUUCAGACGGUGUAGAUGGAAAAGAUGAGGCAGAGGGUGAAUCUGCAGCAGAUGAGGGCAAUAAGCAGUCAGAGAACAGAACUGAAGAGGCAGAGGGUGAAUCUGCAGCAGAUAAGGACAAUGCCGUGGAGAAGGAGAACAGUAAUAUUGGCAGUGAGGCUACUGAAACUAAGUUCGAUAAUGAUCAAGCUGCAAAAGAAGAAAAGACUGUUGAUGAAGAUGAGAAAGAUAACACAGGAGAAGAUGUUAAUUCAGGUGUGGAAGGUACCCCUUUGAGCUCAUUCCAACAGCUUUCAAGCAGCAAAAAUGCCUUUACUGGUCUUGCUGGUACUGGAAUUUCCACCUCUACAUUUUCCUUUGGGUCUAUUUCAAAUGAUGGGUCUACACUUGGUACUGCUUCUGUGUCUCUUUUUGGAAAGAAAGAUGACAAGCCUUUUAGUCUCGGUCUCUCUAAUAAUGGAAGUUCUUCAAUUGUUUCGAAGAGUGAGGGAGCUGGCUUCCCAUCAAUGCAGGAGGUUGUGGUUGAGACUGGGGAAGAAAAUGAGAAAGUGGUUUUCACUGCUGAUUCUGUGUUGUUUGAAUUUGUGGAUGGAGGUUGGAAGGAACGUGGAAAGGGAGAACUUAAGGUGAAUACCACAACUGGGACGGGAAAAGCCAGAGUUCUUAUGCGAGCCAGAGGAAAUUACAGGUUAAUUUUGAAUGCUAGUCUUUACCCAGACAUGAAGCUCACAAAUAUGGAGAAGAAAGGCGUCACUUUUGCCUGCAUUAAUAGUGGUUCUAGUGAAGGGAAAGAUGGUCUUUCUACAUUUGCAUUGAAGUUCAAGGAUGGUUCUAUAGUGGACGAGUUUCGAGCUGCCGUUACGGCACAUAAAGGGAAGUUGUCUACGGAUUUGAAGACUCCAGAAAAUUCCCCCAAGGGUUCGGAUGAUUGAAAGGUGCUUCCCAGUAGUUGCAUGGAAAAUUCUACUUUCUGUCCGGAAGUAUCCUGGUACCUUUUUCUCCCGAGAAGAAAGUAGUUUUAGAGUUCGGAAAACCUUAUCCCCAUAUGCUGCAGAGUUACAGAAUCCUGUCCUUUUUUCUUGUACUGGUUUAAUUUCUGAGUCUAGUCUUGGAGAAAAGACUGUUGACUUCAUUUUGGGUAAAUCUUGGGUUCGGACUGCAUAAUUUGAGCUUGUAAGACAUUAAUAUUGCCCUCAGUUUUAUAGUUGUCCCCUAAAUCUGGGAUAUAUGUUGGAAGUGCAAUGUCAUACAAGCAGAGCAAAACUGUUCUGAUGUUGCCUUUAAGAUUGGACUAAUAUGAUGUCAUUGUACCUCACUUGACAAGUUGAUGCUUGUCAUUCCUUAUUCA